GGGCGGGCUCGGCUGAAGCAGAGCGGGGCUGAGGCGGGCGGCAGUGCGGCUCGCCGGCGGGAGCGCCGGGCCAUGGCCUCGCAGGAGCUGGCGCAGAAGCUGCAGCGGCGGCUGCAGCUGGAGGAGAGCGGGGCAGCGGCGGAGGGCGAGGCAGAGGCGGUCAAGGGCGCGGCGGCGGCCGAGGAGGUGGAAGAGCGGAGCUGCUUGACGGCCAGUGCGGGCGCAGAGCUGAGCGCUAAGCUGUGCCGGCGGCAGGACAUAAACGAGGGCGCGGCGCAGCCCCGGCGGGCCGCCGUCUUCAACCCCUACACCGAGUUCAAGGAGUUCAGCCGCCGGCAGAUCAAGGACAUGGAGCGCAUGUUCCGCCUGUAUGACUCGGGACGGGAUGGAUAUAUCGACCUGAUGGAGCUGAAGCUCAUGAUGGAAAAGCUGGGAGCCCCACAGACCCACCUGGGGCUGAAGAACAUGAUCAAGGAGGUGGAUGAAGACUUUGAUGGGAAGCUCAGCUUCCGUGAGUUCCUGCUGAUUUUCCAUAAAGCUGCAGCUGGGGAACUCGAGGAGGACAGCGGCCUGUUGACUCUUGCGAAGCUCUCGGAGAUAGAUGUAUCCAUUGAGGGAGUCAAAGGAGCCAAGAACUUCUUUGAAGCUAAGGCUCAAGCCCUCUCCUCAGCCAGUAAGUUUGAAGCAGAGAUAAAAGCUGAGCAGGAUGAGCGAAAGCGGGAAGAGGAGGAGAGGAAGCACCGGCGAGCGGCUUUCAGGGAGUUAAAGUCUGCAUUUACCCAGUAACCAACCAGCCAAUAUGCACUCUGAAAUUGCACACGACUUGGUACGUUUCCCAGAUCAGGGCCCUGCCUGGACAGAAUUGCUCGGAUCCUGCCUAAAACUCAUCAUAGCUUUGCUAGCCUUCCUUCCAGGAAGAUCCUCCUGAGCUCCUAAGGGCACAACUCUCGCAGGUACUCUGCAUUUAUAAUGAUGUGAAUAGUAGGGGCUGUGUCCAGGCUGUUUGCUCUGAACUGUUACGAGCACAUGACCCUAAAGCAGAAACAGCAGGUAGAAAAUCCUGGGUGAGCACUGACAAGCGUCAUGUUUGCCUACUUCAUUCUUUCCUAUAGAGCCUUUUUCUCUUAAUCCUGUAUUAAUUCAUUCCUUGCUUACAGGCAAGUAGUGAGGUCUUGUGUAAAUCAGGGUGUACAAAGUACAGUUUGACUUCUGUAUGUUUGUACUGCUGUUGGGUGUUGUCACCCUUUUCUUAUUCCUCAAAGCCCCGUGCCACAGGCACCAUGAAAACACUGUGAAGAGAGAAAGAUGAUUACUAGGGACAUGGAUCAAAUUCACUAUCAUUUCCUGUAGCAUUUUCUGCCACCCAGCAUGUUGAAGAGUCUUCCAGUUUCUCUUCUCUGAAGUGCCAUAGUAACAAACCCUUCAAUCAGAGGUGAGAUUCCCUAAGACUUCAAAGGGAAGAAGCUGGCUCUCUUUUAAGAGAAAUAGAAAACUGAGUUGCCUGACCAUUUAUCUUCUUUCACAUUCCAUCACAUUUAGUGUACUGUACAGCUUCACUGUUAUUUUCCAGGCUUAGGCAGCUGUAUCUGUUUUUAGGGGCUAUUGUCAGCUGGACAGUGCAAUUGGAUGGCACACUGGGGUUUUUCUAUUUGGAAGUUUACUCAUAGCCUGAAUCAUGAAGGUGACAUUGUUUGAUUUCAUUAGAGGCACACAGAGGACACCAGCACAGCAUACUGAGCCCCCCCUGCUUGCAGAGCAGGGAGGUGAGCACAUUUAACUGAACUGAAUUUUGAGGUCUUGCAUUAUAGCAUUAGCCAUUUUUUUCCUUGGAAACAUGGGGAACUUGGCCACAAAUGUCGAGAUGCCCUUCAGAGACCUCUCUCAAGACAUGGAUUUGCUGAAAUUCUGCCUCUGCUCUUGCCCAAAUUCAUGGCAAAAUGUUAUUUUUUUUUCCCAGAACAAAACUCACCAGUCAUCUUUUCACUUGUCUGUCUUGCUUCUUAAACUGUGAGCACUAAACUGUGAGCAUGGAAUAAUAAAUAGAAAAACCUCUACUCUUUAAUGUCAGGUGAAAGAAUUGCUAAACGAUUAAACUGUGUAUAUAUCUUCACAGAUUAUAUUUUAUAAAUCACGCUUUUGUAGCUAAAUAUUUAUAAUUAAAUGUUUUUAUACUUUACAACAAAGCAGAUAAUUUCAUCUUCAAUUAUUUCUCCUGUUGCUGAAAUGUAAAAAUAAAGCAUUGUUAUCUCCA